AUGUUGUCUUCUGAAUCCACAUUCGAUUUUAGGAGCGACGCUUUUGGACGAUGUACCAUUUGUUUUGAAGAAGUGCCAUUUGAUCCUGUUGGUUGUUUGUACUGUCAGCAAAUGAUUGGCUGUCGAAGAUGUGUUGUUCGUUGGUAUGAUGCUGCUGAUCGUAGGAAUCAUGAAGAUUUUGACGUCCUAGGAGGGCACCCUCCAGUCAACCACAAGCGAUGUCCUUUAUGUAGGCACUUAUGGGAGGAACAGGUUGAAGUGACGAGUAUGUUUCUGCUCAGGGAUGACUUCCCCUAA